AGUUUUGAUAAGUUAACACAUGAUUUGUAAUCUUGAAUAAUAUUUCCAUAAAACUAUUCACCGAUCCAAAAAAAAUAAAAAUUAUUUCGAACUUAAAAGUGCUGACUGUGUAUUAAAUAAUAUGACCUGUUUUUGAAUCGUCAAUUCAUGAUUGCCAAUUAGUACUCAGUAAAUCACUUCAAUUCAAAUGGGAGUUUGGAGUCAAAUAAAAAAUGUUGUGAUUGGCGUAGCUGUUGGACGCACAGUAAUUGAUACGUUUGGUUCUGUAGCCAGAGUUGAUGGAAUUUCUAUGCAACCUACAUUUAAUCCAAAUAACACAGUGGAUUUUGUGUUUCUAUCAUAUAUUCCAGUGCGAUUUGAUUCUGUUAAGCGUGGUGAUAUUAUUGUGGCCGUAUCACCUAGGAAUCCAAACGAAACAAUUAUUAAACGUGUAAUUGGUGUGGAAGGUGACAUUGUAGUAUCAAAAAAGAAAAAUAAUACUUCAGGUACAAAAAAAAUUGUUCCUAAAGGAUACUAUUGGAUUGAAGGUGAUCACAAAGGCCAUACAUAUGAUUCUACCAGUUUUGGUCCAAUUUCUAAAGGACUAGUUGUUGCUAAGGUUUCAGUUAUAAUUUGGCCUCCCAGUAGAUGGCAACUACUUCAGUCUCACCACAAAUAAG